CCGACGCUGGAAGAGAAAAGCAUUUCAUCUCAGGUUUGGCGGCGAGUGCGGCAGUAACAGAAGCUGCAAUGGGACGCUCUGUGUUCUUCAUCCUGAUACUUUGCUUGGUGCUGAGCCUUUCAGAAGGAGACAAUAAGACAUCAGCUGGAAAUAACCCUGCCACCACUACAAUACUGACAACAGUAGAAACUACAACUACUCCUAGUACUCCUACAACUACAACUCCUAGUCCUGAGAACAGUUCUGACACGAAGACUCUCUCUAGCACAGACUACCCAACGAAACAGAUGGUAGAGGAUGGGAAAGGCCCCAUGGGUAAAACACAGUCAAAGCUCAACUACAACUACUGUGGAAUCAUCUACCAUAUCUGGAUCACCAGCAACAGAUUACAGACAUCAGAUGCCAGCUGGAUGUUUCCAAUGGUGUACAUUCAGAGCAGGAGGCCGUCUGGGAGCGCAGGUCAAAUCUUGGGUCUGGUUGGGUGCCGCUACCAGCUUCGUAGCAGCAUUGCACUGUCCAUGCAGAACUACGAUGCAUUUCUGUUGAAUGGGGGAGAAUCUUUCCUUUGGGCAGAUGAUAUGCGUGUGCUGGUGACUGAGCCAGCUAUGGCCAUCAGAAAGCUGCACACCUACAAUACUGUGGAAUCAUCUACCACACUGGAAUCACCGCAACAAACGCACACUACAAGUUCCUUGGGAACAGUUUUGCGACAGGCCUACACACCGAGUGCAACAAUGAAAGCCAACUCAACUACUGUGGAAUCAUCUACCAUAUCUGGAUCACCGCAACAGACACACAGGGGUUCCACAAGGGAUUUCUUCCACACAACACUAAGCAUAACUACCACGUCUCUUCUUUUCCUUUUAUCAGAAACCACACCUACAAGUCCUGGAGACAGUUCUACCAACUCUACAACACCAUCAACAGACGAAACCACACCUACAAGUCCUGGGAACAGUUCUGCCAUCUCUACAACACCAUCAACAGACGGAAAUACAACUGCGUCAACUGGGAAUGCUACUAUGGUCCCUUCUUCACCAGUAACACAAGGAAACACGUCUACAACACCUCUGGAAACUUCUACCACUUCUGCACCUCCAACACUUGUGGAGUUGUGCAAACCCAGUCCUUGUGGAGGACGACUGUCUACAUGUGUCCCUCUGAAUACUACUUAUUUAUGCCACUGCCCAUAUGGGUUCUACUACUACCGCUACAAUUGUCACAUAGGCCAGGUAUUUCCAGGGAACAUCACAGUGAAUCAGAUGUUAAGUAAUAAUAUUAAUGAUGAAAAUUCAUUGGAGUAUGAAAAGAUGGUCCAAAACAUAACACGAUUUUUUGAGGAAGCUUUUGAAAAUAUGCCAGACUACAGGCAGACCGUCAUCGUGGAAGUGAAUUAUACAGAAAAAGAUACAAAAACUAGAAGUGGUAAUAAUGUAGUGACUGCAACAGUGAUGAACAUCUUCACGGAAGACACAAAUGAGACCGAUGCUGAAGUUACGGAUGCAGUAAUCAGAGCAGUAGAAAAAGAUCCAAGCUACGUGAGUGGGUACACAAGUACAACCCAAUGUGCUGUUUAUCAAUGUGAUGCCGCAACCACAGUAUGUAAAAAUGGUACAUAUCCAGAGUGUGUAUGCAAAGCAAAUUUCACAAAGACACCUUGGGACAUAAAUUCUUGCUCAGACUGUGCGAACUGUUCGGCAGACGAAAACAAGAUCUGUGACAGAAGUAAUAAUAUUCCAGAAUGCAAAUGCAUGGAUAACUUUAAAGAAGAGGGUAAAAAAUGUGUAAGGUGUCCAGUGGGCUACUCUGGAGCAAACUGUGAGAAUAAUAGAGAACUCAUCCUAAUAAUAGUGGGCACAGUGUUUGGAGCCAUUAUCUUGUGUUUAGUGGUAGCAGUCUCAGUUGUUUCAGUAAGAGCCAAGCACAGUCAUGAUCCGGAGAAAAAGAGGUUGAUAAAGCCAAGAAACUCCAACUCAAAUACUUCUGAAGAGAACAGGAUCUUCCCCAGGGUCCAGACCACUUCUGGCCACGCGAACCCAGGGUAUCAGCCAAACAACCCUUACGAGGUGCAUUCCUCAAACAGAGGUGACUUUGUGGAGAGGGAUUAUGAUGACUUGUAUGAAAUAUCACGGCACCCUGAGGGCUUUCGGAUGCAACGCAGAUAACUAAGCGGCCAGUAGUAGAAGGAUGGACGAUGACCACAACACUGGGUCAGACCAAAGAACUUCACAGCCUCUUACCAACGCAGUUAUUUCAUCAGCAGAGACAACAGAGUCUGUAGUACAAGAUUCUCUGAAGAUUUUCUAAAAGAAGACCCCUACUUGAAAGAGAAGGACAGCAACUCUUUGAUAUAAGGGAAAAUAAAAAUAAAGCAGAAUGUAGGGAGAAGGAAGGGGACUUCCACAAAACAAAAAGGGUCCUUUGGCCAUUCCUAUGGACUUGCAAGAGACCAGUGUGUUCACAAGAAAGUGAAUGUAGACAAGAUGCCAGGAUUUUAACCCUGCUGUGUUUCAGUUCUUCUGAAAGGUGGUCCGUGCAAUAUAUGUGAUGCUGAAAACAUCCACUGCCAGAGCUUUGCCUACAUUUGUGCUCACUUGCUUCAGGCAAAGACUGCCUGCAUAGCUUUGGGCACAUCAAACAGUAUCAAAACUUCUAUUUGUGAGGACCUAGCAUUGUUCUCUUUUCUAUACCAGUCUUUCUCCCUUCCUCAGCCCCCCAGUAUUUCCUAUCUGAUAGCAUUCAGUUCAGAUCUCUGCUGGCACCUGUUGUGAGAGACAAUGGCCCCAUCUGACCUUUUAUGUGGCCUUCCUUCCCAAUACAACUCCAGAAAUCAUUAUCUUCAAACAAGCAUCGUUGUUCUCCAUCUCAUGCAAAUACGUUGAUUUUACAACCUCAGCUGCUGUGAAAAACAUUGGCGCUUUUUUUCCUCUUGCAUUCUGUAAGAUUAGAUGGAAUCAUCUUAAAUCUUUCUUUUUCAUUACUUAAUAAUUCUGUUAAAAAAUCCACAUUUCAUGGAGAAUACACGUGCAUUAUCUGUUGACUGGCGUUGGUACUUCUUUAUAUUUUUAUAUAUAUAUAUAUAUAGAAUAUAAUGUCCAAAAAUGUACAUAUAUUUAUAGAUUAUAUUCAUUUAAAACAUCAUUUAAGCUCAUAUUUUAUGUUUGUUUUUCAUGUAUGCAGGUUAAUAUUUCCUAUUAAAUAUUAUCAUUCCUAGGUA